GCACGGUGCCACGGUCAGAUGAGUUAAGCCCUAAACCCAUUUCCCCCUCGUCUCCACUACUCUGGUCGUCCUCGCGCCGCCGCAGCGACGCCACCGCCGGUAAUGGCUUCCACCGUUGUGCUCCGGAACGCCUGCUCCCGCCGACUCUUCUGCUACUCCACUCUCCGCGCCGCCGCAAUAUUGGGACCCGCCGCGCCACCUGAUGCGCCCGCGGCGGCGUCGGCCCAGCCGCCACCGAUGGCAGGAACCCUCUGGGCGAGGUCCAUGGCCACUUUCACGCGCACUCGGAUCAACAUGUGGCAGGAAGCCACAUGUGAACGUCGGCACCAUUGGGCACGUCGAUCACGGCAAAACCACACUCACUGCUGCCAUUACCAAGGUUCUGGCAGAGGCAGGGAAGGCCAAAGCAGUUGCUUUUGACGAGAUCGACAAGGCCCCGGAAGAGAGAGCCAGAGGAAUCACCAUUGCAACAGCUCAUGUCGAGUAUGAGACUGCUAAAAGGCAUUAUGCUCAUGUUGAUUGUCCAGGUCACGCAGAUUAUGUCAAGAACAUGAUCACUGGAGCUGCUCAAAUGGAUGGUGGUAUUCUUGUCGUGUCAGCUCCUGAUGGCCCAAUGCCACAAACAAAGGAGCACAUUCUUCUUGCCCGUCAGGUUGGUGUACCUUCCCUUGUGUGUUUCUUAAACAAAGUUGAUGCUGUUGAUGACCCAGAGCUACUGGAACUUGUAGAGAUGGAGCUUCGGGAGCUCCUCAGUUUCUACAAGUUCCCUGGUGAUGAGAUUCCGAUCAUCCGUGGGUCUGCGUUGUCUGCUUUGCAAGGGAACAACGAUGAGAUAGGAAAGAAUGCCAUUUUGAAACUAAUGGAUGCAGUUGAUGAGUACAUUCCUGAUCCUGUAAGGCAGCUUGAUAAGGCUUUCUUGAUGCCGAUAGAAGAUGUGUUUUCUAUCCAGGGUCGUGGAACUGUUGUUACUGGGCGUGUUGAGCAGGGAACAAUUAAAACUGGCGAAGAUGUUGAGAUCUUGGGUUUGACACAGAGUGGUCCCUUGAAGACUACAGUUACUGGUGUUGAGAUGUUCAAAAAGAUACUGGACCAUGGAGAGGCUGGUGACAACGUUGGUCUUCUUCUUCGUGGUCUAAAGCGUGGUGAUGUCGAGCGUGGCCAGGUGGUGUGCAAACCUGGUAGUCUGAAGACAUACAAAAAGUUUGAGGCAGAAAUAUACGUCCUGACAAAGGAUGAAGGUGGCCGGCACACUGCCUUUGUCACAAAUUACACACCCCAAUUCUACUUCAGGACUGCUGAUGUCACUGGAAAGGUUGAGUUGCUUGGUGAGACGAAGAUGGUUUUGCCCGGUGACAAUGUAACCGCGAAUUUCGAGUUGAUAUCGCCUGUUCCUCUUGAAACUGGGCAAAGAUUUGCGAUGAGGGAAGGAGGGAGGACAGUUGGUGCCGGGGUUGUCUCCAAAGUUAUUAGCUGAUGAGUUUCCACUUUCUUGCCCGUAGCAAUUUAGUAAAGAAAUGAAUGCUGACAUGUUUCUUGGAAUGCAUGGGCAAAAAGGCAGAGCUGGCUGGUCUGGCCGCCAUUCAUUCUGGACAGUACCUUGUGCUUUCUUGUUGAGGUGGCUCAUCAUAAAGCAUAUUUUGUAGCCACUUUUCCGAGUUGAUAUUAGUGGGUUCUUACCAAAUUUACCGCGAAAAUUGCUGGUCAUGUUGGGCCGAUGCGUCGUUCUUCGAUAGGAGAUGAAGUGCUGUUAUCAGUGUCAGUGACAUCUUGAAGCGGCAAGAAACGAAGAUAUUGAAAUGUAGAAAAAUAAUAAAUAAAGCGCAGUUACAGUACUAAAACUGCUGCUCAUGUAAACGAAUUAAUCAUAAAAAACCAGCAAAAUGGAUUCA